GGUAGAAUUAGAUUUAUAUUUAGAUUCUUCUGAGGAGGAUUUUAUUCCUCCUUCUCCCAAUGUAGUUAACACUAUUAGCCAGUUUAAUACGUCAGUCAGGGUCACGGGUGAUCCAGUUUUAAAGGGCGAGUUAAGAAAUUUGAGGGAUAGGAAUGUUGAAGUAAUUAAAAAUUUUCCUGUCACUAAUGAUGUUUUUCUUUUAGAUGGGAAUGAAACUGGGUCACGGCCUGAGAAUUCCCAGGGUCUUUUAAUGGUGGGAAAUGACGGCCUAAGUGGGGAGGCUUAUGGCCUUCAGGAAUCUUGGACGGAAAAUAUCAGGCUGGAUAUUGAGGACGGCGUUCCAGGGGUGGAACGUUUUAAUGCAAAGGGAGAAGAAACAAGGACGGAAAAAGGGCAGCAAUUAAUGACUAACACGGAUCCCAGGGCUACUGGUUUCCAGAAUACAGAGAAGGUUACGGCUGCAUCUCAAAGGAUUCAGUCUGCAGUGCCUCAGGACCCGAGUACAGGUGUAAAGAUCGUAUGGGUGAUGGGGCAUUCGUUUAUAUACUGGGCCAAUGCUGAGGCCAGUAAGAAAAUGGGCGGCCUUCAGCUUGGGUGUCCUGUGGAUCAAUGGGAGGUCAAAUGGUUUGGGAUUAGGGGGAUGUGCUGGGAACUCUUUUUUCCGUUGUUUCUAGAUUUUGGCAGAAUGUUUCCUCGUCCUCAGGUUUUGAUAGUGCAUUUGGGGGGAAAUGAUUUAGGUAUGAUUCCUCAAAAGGAACUAGUUAGAAGAAUCAAAAGAGAUCUGGGCAACAUAAAGGAACUUCAUCCUGAAAUCAAAAUAAUUUGGUCACAGAUUACUCCUAGGUUGGUUUGGAGAUCAGCGAGGGAUUAUGAUAGGCUAGAAAAGAGUCGUAAAAAAAUUAACAAAAUAAUUAGCUCUUUUGUUAAGAGGUUGGGGGGAGGCGUAGUUUUCCACCCAGAUUUUGAAGUCGAUGGGGCUGAGGAAUUUUAUUUAAAAGAUGGUGUUCAUUUUAACCAAUUUGGGCUGCAGCUAUUUAUUUUCGAUAUAAAAGAAGCUUUGGGAAAAAUAUUGGGUUUGGCGGGACUGGGCUGUUCGGUCAGUCCAGUCGGUGGCGGGGGUGCUAGUUCCCAGACAAAUAUGGUACGCAAUAUGGCCAAGUGAU